AGACAUUUGGCUUGUGAGCUCGCGGUCCGUUUCCCGCGACCGCUGUCGACAGCGCUCCCUGCGCCGUCUCAGGAUGGCCGUGCCCCCGCAGAUGGUUCGGCGCCAGCGCCCUCGCGUGGAGCCCGGGGUAGGCGCUCCAACGCGGGUGAGCGAGCAAGUGCCAGAAACCACGGGGCCAGUGUCACCUACCCACAUGGUCUCGGACCUCACCGCGACCUCCGUGCCGGACAUGGUGCUGCGUCUGCUGAAGUUCUACACUCCCUGGAAGUCGGCGAAGGGCACCAAGGGCAUCCGCAAGGUGAAGUGCAUCGACGCCGACGGGAAGGAGAUAGCGCUCAAGUCGUUCGACUCGAAGGCCGUUUCAGUGUUUUCCUGGGGACAAGAGGGCGACAACAUUCUCGUCAACGGUUUGGAGGCGUCGAAGUGGGGCGACGAGAUUGAUCUGAUCGUUCGGGCCGACUCGAACAUCAAGCGGGUGCGGCCGGAGCACAUGAAUGGUUGCCGCGAGCCGGCGCAAGACACCUUCGUGGUGGACGCGCUGGGGGACGGGGCAGCAGACGGGGAGCUGGUGAACGUCUUCGGCAAGAUCGUGUCGUGCACUCCUGUUGGGGCCACCGACCAGGAGAAGCCGCGGCGCCUGAUGUCCAUCGUGCUGGAGGACGAUGCCGGGCGCGGCCGCAUUCGGCUCUGGGACGAGGUGGCGGACUCUGCAACGAAGCUGGUGAAGGUCGGCAAUCACUUCCUCGUGCGCGGGGUGAGGGGCAAGAACGGCGUGUACCACGGUUUCCCCGGCACCGCCAUCGCGUGCGCCGCGCCGCCGGGGUGGGCACUGGACAGCGCUGCGGCGAUCCCAGGCGCCGAAGGGGGGUCAGGCGGCCAGAGCAGCAGGAGCGGCGGGCCGCACGAACCUGUGCCGGCGCCGCAGCAGCCCGCGGGGCCGGAGCUUCCGCCAUCGGAGGUGCGCGCUGUGGCGGCAAUCCGAGAGCAGAUUGCCAUUGUGCAGGGGCGCAUUCCGCACACGCCCGUGGCCGAGCUCCCGACGCUCAUCGGGACUCUGACGGCGUUGUACCAGGACUUGGAGAAUGCGGGCAGCACGCCGGCGAUUCCAGGCGCGCCAGCCGCAGGCGCGGCGGCGGGGCUCCCUGCCGGAACACCCCCCUCCGGCCCAGCAGCCGUCGCAGCUGACAACGCGCGUGCUGAGGGGCGGGCGCCAGAGCCGCGCGGAGACGAAGACGCGGGAGGUGAUCGUUCCGCCGCGGUGGGAGGGCCGCCCGUCGACUCGGCGCCCAGUGCAGCGCCCGCGGAGGAACCGGCGUCCCCGGCUGACGCAUCGGAGGAUCCAGGCGGGGUCGGCGGCCGCGUGUCCGGUGGCGGGGUCGAAGAUGCAGUUCGCGCGGAGGACGAGUGAAGCGCGUAAGCUUUCUGGGACAGGCGGGACA